AUGGUCCUCCUGCUGGUUCUGGUCCUUCUAUCACUGCGGUUCCGAAUCCAGGAGAGUUUGGGUCAGCACAAGUUCUUCAUGGUCCGUCCGGUACCGAGUGACUCUCUCCCCGUGGAGGGUCCGAAGGAGGACCAGGACCCGAUGCUGGACCCGCAUGAGAAGAACCUGAACGAGACCGAACUCCGGAUCCUGCUUGGGGUCCACUUUAACCCGGACUUCAUGUCUGUGACCCACCCAGAGGACCAGGACGAGCCGGAGCUGGGUCCGAACCCCUCUGGACCCAUGCCCAAGGAGAUCCGAGCCCUGGAGCUGGAGGUCCAGUUCGGCCUGAAGCAGAAACCGAACCGGAAGCUGCGGAGGCGGCUGCAGCACUGGAUCUGGACCCACACCUGUCCGGUUCUGUACGCCUGGACCGACCUGGGCCUCCGGUUCUGGCCCAGGUACCAGAGGACGGGGAGCUGCCAGAGCAAGAGGUCCUGUUCGGUCCCGGAGGGGAUGGUCUGCAGGCCGAACCGGGCCACCCACCUGACCCUGCUCAGGUGGUUCUGUCCGCACAGGAAGGUUCUGAUGAAGUGCGGCUGGAUCCAGGUCCAGUACCCGGUCAUCUCCGAGUGCAAGUGUUCCUGUCCAACCUGAGGACCGGAACCAGAACCGGUCCAGUUCUUGUUUACACAGAAAAAUACAUUUUUUUUUUGUAAAAAUAAUCAAAUAAAAGC